GCUACAUGGGGUUUUGACAGCAGUUGGGAAACAAGAGAGGGAGAGGCGAUUAUUAGAACUUUGUGUAGAUGUGUGAUUGUGCUUCGUGUAAAGUACGCGCGACAAAUCCUUUGGAAAAGCGAUACUUUACCUACCACCGCGUUUUCCCUGCCCAGAAAACAAAACGGCGAGCAUUCAAUAUGGACGCCAGUAUGUGAUCCCGACCACCACGAGGCGACGGAAGCCCAAGGAGCAGGAAGAGGAAGAGAGGGCCGAAUGGGACAAGACGGGUUUCCUAUAGUCGAAGUCCUCCUCCAAGACGACAGCGCGCCACCCAAAGAGGAGGAAGGACGGCAACAACAACAACAACGAAAGCGACCCAGAGAGGAAGACGACGCGACGGCAGCAAACGACCGGCGAGGACGAGGAGGAUCUGCUGGUGCUGCCGUCGUCUGUACAUAUAUGGCCGCACAUGGGCCCCACCCCCCGGCCGAAGCAACCCCAAGCCGGCACCACAGCAGACACGGGCAAAACCGAGGUUAUGGCGAUCUAUCAAGCGAAGAUACAAGAGUGUACGUGCUAUACCUUGAAAGGACCGCCUUUCUCUUUCUUUUACUGAAAGGUAGAGUUGACCCAGCGAGAGAGAGAGAGAACGAAGAAGAAAAGGAGCGGCGGGCGGACGGAUAUAGGGUUUGCAUGGGUCAAACAUUGGGGUGGAGGGAGAGGAGAAGAAAGAGAGAGAGGAGAAAGGACAGUAGUGAGGUUAGCAAAAUGUUACUUGAGUGGAAAGAAAAGGGAGAGGAGAGGAGAGGAGAGGAGAGGGGCAAGAAAAAAAAACAUAAAAUAAACCGCGUCUCUCUUCUUUCUUGUGGCGGCGUAUGUUAUGUUGCCUCUUACUCAAUGAGUGUGGAUACGUGGUACUGUGUUCCAUCUACGACAUACCUUGUUGUGCUAUGUAUACGUGUGUUCAAAGAGAGAGAGAGAGCGCGCGCGCAAUCGUUGUGACCAUUACAUUGAGGUUCCGAUCAGCUUUCGAAAGCGU